AUGUCUCCGCAAGAGCCUCUUCCUGCACCAAACAACCUCUUGGCCAUGGCAAGCAGGGACGCCGAAGCAAUCAUGGCUGCGGAGGCUGGCAACGCGCCUAGAGCACGCAACAACGCCGAGAACUGUGACCUUCAGCAGGCAUAUCUGGUCGUUAUCCUCAUCCUCCGUGGGGCAGAGCAUGAUACCAGUGUUGAGCGGCACGCUGGGCUCAUGUUUUCACCCUUGGAGUUUGGAUUGAACUGCUACUUUGAAAUGAUCAACGGCAGUCACUUUCUCGCCCAUUUCGCCGAGAUGAGCGACGAGCCAAGUGACAGAGCCGGGCGCCUCUCUGACGUGACAGUGGGCAUAACGACUCCCAUGACCGAGGCACAACUCGUGCAGGUCGUUGAGUCUGCGCCUACCAUGCCUGACGACAUGGAGUUCACUAACCUGCACUGGGUCGAGGGUGCCUUGGACGCUAUGGUCCAGGCCGGGUAUGUCGACCAGCAGGCGAAGGAGCGUGGCUUCAACAACAUGCUCGAGGCGAUCCUCCACAGAUGUGAGGACGAGAUCUUCACCGCCACAGUGUGA